AUGUCGUUGCUGUGGGAGGAUGAAGCCAGGGAGGGUGCGGAGGAUGAGGACUGCAGGUUAGCACAGUACAGAAGAGGCGUGAGAGUACAGAGCUCAGAGGCAGAUGUGACACGGGGAGACAGGCAGGAGACAGGGGGACAGCUGUGGGCGGCUUCACAUGAAGCAGCCAGGGCUCUGCACCUGCCAGCCACACUGUUGAGGUUUGAGGAUUGCCAGCGCAGCCGAGAGGUGGGCUAUGUGAGCAGCGACCCCAGCUUCAGCGUGCGGUCUGACGGGAGCGUGUACACGGCGCAGGAGGUGGCCAACCUGUCUGAGCCCGUCCAGUUUAUGGUGACCGCCAAAGGGAAGCAUGAUCCACACAUCUGGGAGACUACGGUCAAGCUGGCUCUGACUGGACACCCACACACUCUGCUACUGAGCAAGGUUGGAAUAGAAGAAAUGCUGAAAAUGUGGGAGAGCCAGCCCAGAGUCAUACGGUUCGCACGAAAACAUCAGAGGAGCCUGGUGACCAACGGGCUGCGGAGACAGAAGAGAGAUUGGGUCAUCCCACCGAUCAACGUGCCGGAGAACUCUCGCGGACCCUUCCCUCACAUGCUCGUCCGGAUUCGCUCUGACCAGGACAAAGAUGUGGGCAUCCGUUACAGCAUCACCGGAGCAGGCGCAGACCAGCCCCCGAGCGGCAUCUACAACAUCGAUCCGAUCAGCGGGAACAUGUUUGUCACACAGCCUUUGGACCGAGAAGAAAGGGCCUCAUUCCAUCUGCGCGCUCAUGCAGUGGACAUGAACGGGAACCAGGUGGAGAACCCCAUAGACCUGUACAUCUACGUCAUCGACAUGAAUGACAACCGACCCGAGUUCCAGAACCAGGUCUACAACGGAUCUGUGGCCGAGGGAUCUAAACCAGGCUCCUCCGUGAUGCAGGUGACAGCCAGUGAUGCGGACGACUCCACCACAGCCAAUGGCAUGGUCCGCUACCGCAUCCUGUCCCAGAACCCCCACAGCCCCAUCCCCAACAUGUUCACCAUCAACAGUGAAACAGGCGACAUCGUCACAGUGGCAGCCGGACUGGACAGAGAGAAAGUCUCCCAGUACACCAUCAUCGUCCAGGCCACAGACAUGGAGGGAAACCUGAACUUUGGUUUAUCCAACACUGCGACUGCUCUGAUCUCCAUCACUGACAUCAACGAUAAUCCUCCAGAGCUAACUGUCAGAACUUUUUCAGGGGAGGUGCCGGAGAACAAGGUGAAUGUGGUGGUGACCAACUUGACUGUGUUGGACCGGGACCAGCCCCACAGCCCCAACUGGAACGCCGUGUAUCGCAUCGUCAGCGGCGACCCGUCCGGCCACUUCACCAUCCGCACCAACCCGGUCACCAACGAGGGCAUGCUCACCGUGGUCAAACCGGUGGACUUCGAGAUGAACCGAGCCUUCAUGCUGACCGUGGUAGUGUCCAACCAGGCCCAUUUGGCCAGUGGCAUCCAGUCGUCUCUGCAGUCCACCGCAGGAGUGACCAUCUCCAUCCAGGACGUGAACGAGCCGCCUGUGUUCCCCAUAAACCCCAAGAUGAUUCGCUUUGAGGAGGGCGUGCCCGCUGGGACCGCCCUGACCGCCUUCUCUGCGCAAGACCCCGACCACUUUGUCCACCAGACAGUUAGGUAUUCCAAACUGUCAGAUCCUGCAAACUGGCUAAGAAUCAAUCGCACCAACGGCCGGAUCACCACCAUGGCCAUGCUGGACCGAGAGUCCAUUUAUGUAAAGAACAACAUAUACGAAGCCACCUUUUUGGCGUUCGACAAUGCGCAUCCAGCAAUCUCAGCUUUUCUUUACCAUCCAAUAUGUUCUCCUCAGGCGAGCGGCACAGGAACCCUUCAGAUCUACUUGAUCGAUGUGAACGACAACGCUCCAGUGCUGAUCCCACGAGAGGCCCAGGUCUGCGAGCACGGACGGCCCAACUCCAGGAUCAACAUCACCGCAGCCGACGCAGACGCAGACCCCAACGUGGGACCCUUUGUGUUCGAGCUGCCCACUUCCCCGUCCGACGUGCGGCGCAACUGGAGCAUCUCCAGGCUCAACGGAGACUAUGCUCAGCUGAAGCUAAAGAUCUCAUACCUGGAGGCCGGUUUCUACGAGAUCCCUGUAAUCGUGUCGGACUCUGGGAACCCUCCUCUGACUAACCGCUCUAUGCUCCGGAUCAAAGUGUGUCCGUGUGACGACAGCGGAGACUGCAGCGCCACAGGAGCCGUGGCAGCAGCCGGGCUGGGCACAGGCGCCAUCAUCGCCAUCCUCAUCUGCAUCAUCAUCCUGCUGAGUAUGGUGCUGCUGUUCGUGGUGUGGAUGAAGCGCAGGGAGAAGGAGCGACAGGCCAAGCCGCUGCUCAUCGACCCUGAGGAUGAUGUUCGGGACAACAUCCUGAAAUAUGACGAGGAGGGGGGAGGGGAGGAAGACCAGGACUACGACCUGAGCCAGCUGCAGCAGCCCGAGUCGCUGGAGCACAUCAUGAAUAAGCCCGCGGGCGUGAGACGGGUCGACGAGAGGCCGGUGAUCACGGCCGAGUCCCAGUACCCCGCACGACCCAGCCUGCCUCAACCCGGAGACAUUGGGGACUUCAUCAACGAUGUAAGUUCUCUUCAUUAA